GUUAUCGCUUGCAAAACUUAACAAAAUGCUAUUUUGGCAAAAAAUUUAAUACACAACUAAUAAUAAAUGUUAAUGGUGUGUGUAGCAAGUGCUACCACAAGUGCAGCAAUCGUGUAACGUAAGCAUAGCUUUUAUAUAUAUAUUGCAACGCCCACACUGCUGUUCACAGUUCAACAAAGAGGAAAAAGGCGGGUAGUGGAAGAAGAAGCAAUCAAGUGGCAACAACAACAACAGCACAGCAGCCGCUGCGGCAGCACCACAGGCAAAAUGCAAAAAGUUAAUUAGCGUGAACAAAAUCACCGCUCGGUGGGUGGUCAGCCAUAAUUUGUGCGUUGUAUGUUGGUCAAGGGGCGGACGACUGGAUGACAUGGAGUUCGCUGAUCUGAUAAAAACACCCAAAUUGGAUGGGGUCUUCCUGCAUGCGAAUGCAGCAAAUGCAACAGUUGAGGGCACCCUGUGCAUAACGGGUCACCAUUUAUUGCUCAGCGCACGUCAGGAAAACACGCAGGAGCUAUGGCUGCUGCACAAGAACAUCGACUGCGUGGAGAGGAAGCCGAGCAUGGGCCAGAACAUUGUCAUGGGCGGCAUUAUUACACUCAAGUGCAAGGAUUUGCGCAUUAUAUCGCUGGAGAUCAAAUAUGCCAAAGACUUUUUUAAUGUGGCUGCCUCCUUGGAGGCGCUCAGUGCAAUACAAAACGCAGAGCUGGACUAUCCAUUCUUUUACAGACCCAUGUAUUCCAUACUGGAGGACGGCUUCACAAUGUUCAGACCAGAGCUGGAAUUCGCACAGCUUAUCAGCGGCAUGAGUAUGGGCGGUGCCUCAUCGCCGAACGUUGCAAAUAUAUCAAUUUGCACGCCCUCAACUUCAGCUGUGGGCAGCAGCAGCAGCAGCAGCAUACCUCAUCCGCUGCAGAAUGGCUUUGCAUUGGACGCGGCAGCUGCAUUGGUGGGCAGCAGCGUGUCCGCAUGCGAGUGGCGCAUUAGCCACGUCAACAAAGACUUCGGCGUCUGUGCCACAUAUGGCGCCACACUGAUUGUACCUAAAGCAAUUAGCGACGAGCAAAUCGCGCUCUCCGCUGCCUUUCGAGACGGCGGACGAUUCCCAUUGCUCAGCUACAGGCAUGAAAACGGCGCUACUCUGAUGCGUAGCGCCCAGCCACUGUCCAUACAGGGCAUCAAGCGCUGCCGGGCCGACGAGGCCAUACUCAAUCUGGUACUGGGACGCAGUAAAAAGGGCUUCAUUGUGGACACAUGGGGCAAGGGCAAGUCCAACACUGAAACGGACUUGCACUACUCUCAGUGGAAGAAGGUCAAUCGCGCAAUCGGCAAUGUCAGUUAUCCGGCCUCCAUUCUGGACAGUUUUGCCAAAUUGAUUGAGGCAUGCAACGAUAUUGGCUGCAGCACGGACAAGUGGCUAUCGCGUCUCGAGAAUAGCGGCUGGCUAAGCCUGGUGCUCAAUUCGUUGAAUGCCUCCUGCGUAGUAGCCCAAUGCUUGGACCAGGAGGGCAGUCCAGUGCUGGUGCAUGGCGCCAAGGGUCUGGACUCGACGCUGAUAGUUACAUCGUUGGUGCAAAUCAUUCUGAAUCCAGAUUGUCGCACUGUGCGCGGUUUGCAAGCCUUGAUAGAGCGCGAGUGGAUCCAGGCGGGACAUCCGUUCGCAUCGAGGCAUCGCUAUUCCUGUUACACGCCGCACCAGAUGCGCAACAAGAACUCGGGCGCCACCUUCGUCCUGUUUCUGGAUUGUAUCUAUCAGCUGUACACGCAGUUUCCCUGCAGCUUUGAGUUCAGCACGCAGCUGCUCAUAUUGCUCUUCGAGCACAGCUACUUCUCGCAAUAUGGCACCUUUCUGUGCGACUCGGAACGGGAGCGACACGAGCUCCAAGUGCACACCAGGACCACCAGCCUGUGGUCGUACCUCAAUCGACCAGAUGUGUUGCAGACAUUGCUUAAUCCGCUGUACGAGCCAAAUGCCAGUGUUAUUUGGCCCUCUGUGGCUCCCAUUAGCCUGGAAUUGUGGAGCGAACUAUAUUUACGCUGGGUGAUUGAUCAACGCAAUUUGGCAACGACCAUGGCACAAAUACAGGAAUUGGUUACCCGCGAAAAGGAGCUCAGAAGCCAGGCAUUCAAGCUGCGCAAACAGGCCAUGGAACUGAGUCUGGAGGUCGGGGCACACAUUAAUGAGGUGGAUAAUGCAUGAGUCUACCUCAUUGCGCAGAUGUAUCUGUGUCUCUCUAAUACCAUAUUUAUAUACACCAUAUACAAUUAUUUUUGAUACUUUCUGUAGCCAUUUUUAUUCAAUUAUUCAAUCUUAUUUUGUAUAAAGUUCAACACUAACGAAUAAGUCUCAAAAAGUUCCAUUUCUGAAAAUUGCUGAAAAGAACAGGAAAACACACAAAAACUGAUCUGAUUUUGGAUCGAAACAGACUAUCCCAAUAUUUUUGACUAAAUGUCCAUAUUAACACGUAAUCUAUUUAAAUGAAAGUUUUAAUCUAAGGCUCUCUCAUUGUAAUUUAAAUGCGAUCUCCUCACACACUCUCUCUCUCAAUGUACUUUAACAAAGCUCUCUUAUAAAUUGCACAUAAGAUCAUCAAAUGUUUAACAAUUUGAGUCAAUUUUUGACGCAUUUACUCAUAUGGAAUUUUAGUGAAAUAAGUCUUCAAAUUAACUAACUUUAGUACUUAACGAUGGUAAAAUCCGGUUAAGCCGCAGAUCAAAUUUAGCAUUGUUCAAUUCAAAAAUUUGCCUUUUUCGAAAAGUUGGUGUUUUGUACAUUUUGAUUGAAUCGCAUUCAUGAAAUGCUUCCAAAGCGUUUAUAAAUGAAUAGUAAAUAUAUAUAUAUAUAAAAACAUACUAAGCCGUUGCUUAUAUAUAUGUAAAUCUAUAAAUGUAUUAUUUAUAUAAAUGUUUAUAGCUAGUAUGAUACAAUAUUGUGUUUGUUUCGAAUUGUGAUCGUAUUUGAAAUCAUAGAAGUUCUUUUGUAAUUUACAAUGUUUACAUAUUUGUAUUGUGCGUACUCUGAGUGUACUAUGCUAAUUAAUAACUAAGUGCAAUAAAUAUGCGCAUUUGCCAAAUACUCAAGCAAAUAUUUAGUGAUGGCACGCGUUUCAAAGCUGCCUGUGCAGCCCUGGAAGAAUUUGCCAUUCACAGUGCAGCGCGGCCACCUGUUGCGCUCCAAAACCAAACGCAGCCGGAGCUAUUAUUGGCAAUAGAAUUUUG